UAAAAGUUUAUUACUUUAUUUUUCUAAUUUAUUUAAAAUAAUUCUUCAUUAUAUAUAAGUGGAUUUUUUGAAAGUCGUUACAUUAACAUUGUUACAAUGGGUGGACACAUCGUCAACAUUGACGUAUUUCCGUCCAAUUUAGAGUUUGCCGUUUUCUCUGCCGAGGAAAUAAAGCGCCUUAGUGUGGUAAAAGUUAUAACAGGCUUAACUUUUGAUGCUCUUGGUUACCCACUACCAGGUGGUUUGUAUGACAAUUUAAUGGGUACGUAUGGGCGUCGUUUGCAGCCAUGCGGCACGUGUAACAAUAUUCAAACUUGCAGUGGCCACAUCGGCCAUAUAGAACUGAACGCACUUGUUUACAAUCCUUUUUUCAUAAAAAUUGUGCAAAAAAUAUUAGGAGUAUUUUGCCUCCGAUGUUUUGCUUUACAAAUGAAAGAUCACGUGCGAGAGAUUAUUAUACUACAAUUACAGCUUAUAGAUGCAGGAUAUAUCGUAGAGGCUCAAGAAAUUGAAAUAUUUAAAUCAGAAAUUGUGUGCCAAAACUCAGAUCAGCUUAUAAAACAAGAAAAUGGUGAAUAUUUCCAUCCUAGGGUGGCAGAAUUAGCUAAAUUAUUGGAUAAAGGAGAAAAAAAUUUCUAUAACAACACUAAAGUAUCGUGUGCUGUCAGAUCCGCCGUCGUUAAUGCUGGUCUUCAGAAGCCGUCGGGUAAAAAGUGUACUAAAUGUGAUAAUCCAUUGCGUCAAGUGCGGUAUUUACACAGAAAUCUUUCAUACUAUGUUAGCGCUGCUGAAUUAAAAACUAAUACACCGAAUAGCUCAGUUACAACUGGUCAAACAAAAGUUGUGCUUGCAGAUGAAUGCAGAAAAUAUCUUCGCAGUAUCUAUGAAAAUAAUUCCAAAUUGUUGAAACUGCUUUUCCCGAUAUUAAAUUUAUAUUCAACUAACGACAUUGGUGACAGCUGUGCGACUGAUCUAUUUUUUAUGAGUACUAUACCUGUAACGCCUCCCAAAGCUCGUCCAGUCAAUUUCAUGCAUGAUCACAUUAUUGAACAUCCACAAACAGCCCUCUACCGAAAUAUAAUUGAAAAUAAUUCAGUCUUACGUGUGAUUAUGAGUUACAUAAAAAAUGAACGUGAAUCAUUAUCGGAAGAAGCAAAUGUUGUAUUUCAAACAUCAAAAGGCUCAAAUGAAUACGAAAAAUUGUAUAAUGCUUGGCAAGUUCUUCAAAACUCCAUAAAUUUACUAUUAGAUAUAAACUUGUCUACCACGAGAGAUAUACCAUCAUCACAAGGAUUAAAACAGGUUUUGGAAAAAAAAGAAGGUCUAAUACGUAAACAUAUGAUGGGAAAACGUGUAAAUUAUGCCGCACGUACUGUAAUUACUCCUGAUCCUAAUGUUAAUGUCGAUGAAGUUGGUAUACCUGAUAUAUUUGCUCGUAAAUUGUCUUAUCCAGUUCCAGUUACACAUUGGAAUGUAACAAUGUUACGUAAAAUGGUAAUGAAUGGACCAAAUAUACAUCCUGGUGCAAAUUACAUACAGGAUGAAAAGGGAAACACUACUCUUAUACCAGCAGAUAAUCCCGCUAAACGUGAAAGUAUGGCAAAACUUCUAUUUACUUUUCCGGAAAAAGGUGUCAAAAUUGUACAUCGGCAUGUACUCAAUGGGGACAUCAUGCUACUAAAUCGGCAGCCAUCUCUUCACAAACCUUCGAUAAUGGCUCAUAAAGUACGAAUUUUACAUGGCGAGAAAACUUUUCGAUUACAUUACUCAAAUUGCAAAGCGUAUAAUGCUGAUUUUGACGGUGAUGAAAUGAAUGCCCACUUACCUCAGAGUGAAGUAGCACGGGCUGAAGCAUAUAAUUUAGUAAAUGUGGCAAAUAAUUAUCUCGUACCGAAGGACGGAACUCCACUUGGUGGCUUAAUUCAGGAUCAUGUGAUUUCUGGUGUCAAACUCUCAAUAAGGGGACGAUUUUUUAAUUGUGAAGAUUAUCAGCAAUUAGUUUACCAAGGUUUAUCCAACCAUAGAGGUGAUAUUAAACUUCUUCCACCAACAAUAAUUAAACCAUUUAAAUUAUGGUCAGGAAAACAGAUAUUAUCUACAAUCAUAAUUAAUAUAAUACCUGAUGGCUAUCCACGUAUAAAUUUAAAUUCAACUGCAAAAAUAGGCAAUAAACAUUGGGAAACUGCACCAAAAACAGUGAAUUUUGACAAUUUCGAGAUGUCAGAGUCAGUGGUGAAUAUUCGUAAUGGAGAACUUCUAACUGGUGUAUUGGAUAAACAACAAUAUGGUGCUACAACGUACGGUCUUGUUCAUUGCAUGUAUGAGCUCUAUGGAGGUAAUAUUUCGACUAGUCUCUUAACGGCAUUUACGAAAGUAUUCACUGUAUUUUUACAACGCGAAGGAUUUACUUUGGGUGUACAUGAUAUUUUAGUAUCUAAAGAAGCAGACAAUAAAAGACGUAGAAUUAUUAAAGAGUGUAGAGAAAUAGGAAAUACUGCGCUAUCUGCUGCUUUGGACUUGGAAGAAGUCCCUCCCUUAGAUAUUCUUGCCGAACAAAUGGAUGAAGCUUACAUAAAAAACCCGAAAUUUCGUGUGGUAUUAGAUAGGAAAUAUAAAUCCGUAUUAGAUACUUACACAAAUGAUAUUAAUAAAACCUGUUUACCCGAUGGCCUUAUAUGCAAAUUUCCCAACAAUAAUCUUCAAUUAAUGGUACUAUCGGGAGCUAAAGGUUCCAUGGUUAACACCAUGCAAAUCUCAUGUCUAUUAGGUCAAAUUGAAUUGGAAGGCAAACGGCCACCUUUAAUGAUAUCAGGAAAAGCUCUUCCUAGUUUUACAAGUUUUGAAACAUCGCCGAAAUCUGGGGGUUUCAUAGAUGGACGUUUUAUGACAGGCAUACAACCACAGGAUUUUUUUUUUCAUUGUAUGGCAGGACGUGAAGGUCUUAUUGAUACAGCUGUGAAAACUUCACGUUCCGGUUAUCUACAGCGUUGUUUAAUCAAACAUUUAGAAGGUUUAACAGUUAAUUAUGAUUUAACAGUCCGCGAUAGCGAUAAUAGUGUUGUUCAAUUUUUAUAUGGAGAAGACGGAUUAGAUAUUUUAAAAUCUAAAUUCUUUGACUCUAAAUUCGGGUCGAAAUUUUUAGCAGAAAACUCUAAUGUUAUUUUACAUCUGAAUGAUAUAAAUUGUAUGAAAGAUGACGAAUUGUACGCAAAUGUAUCACGAUACAACAAAAAGAUACAAUCGUGGCAUAAGAAGGCUCAAAAAUCUAAAAGAAAUAAUUUAAGGAAAAUGUUAUCACCUUUUGCAGAGUUUUCUGGAGAGCUACGUAAGGAUGUAGAUAUAAAAAAUCCUUAUAAAAUCAAUAAAAAAACUGGACGGCGUCGUUUGGAUGAAAGUAUUGUGAAGUUAUGGAAUAAAGCAGAUGAUGAAAGCAAAAGUCUAUAUCGAAAGAAAUAUAUGCGCUGUCCAGAUCCUACCGUUGCUACGUACAAGCAAGACUCUUACUACGGAUCAGUUUCGGAAAACGUUGAAAAAAUGAUCAAAGAUUUUACGAAGAUGCAUCCACACCUAAAAACUAAAUUUCCUGAUAUUAUGUAUAUAAAAAAUAUUGAAGCUUUAGCUGCUCCCGGGGAACCAGUUGGCCUAUUGGCUGCUCAGUCAAUAGGGGAGCCCUCAACUCAGAUGACACUCAAUACUUUUCACUUUGCUGGACGUGGUGAAAUGAAUGUUACUCUUGGUAUUCCACGUUUACGUGAAAUAUUAAUGCUUGCAUCUUCAAAUAUAAAAACUCCCUCAAUGGAUAUACCAAUAAUUUCAGGGCAAGAGAAUAAUGCUGAUAAAUUGCGAGUUAAACUAAAUAAAGUUGUUGUAGCAGACUUACUAGAAUUUGUAAAUAUUAAGAUGAAGUUGAUUUUAAAACCAGAACGUGCAUAUCAGUAUUGUAUCAAAUUUCAAUUUCUACCGCGAGAAGCCUACCAAAAUGAUUUUAGUAUGCGGCCUAAACGCAUAAUUAAAUUUAUGAGUGAAAUCUUCUUUAAACAACUCUUUCGUGCAAUUAUGAAAGCGUCAAAGAAAGGAUCAUAUGUCAAUGAGGUUAAGAUCGCAAAAGAAAUGGACUUGCAAGAAAAUGAUGCACUUGACAACGAUGGUGGUGAAAAUGAAACCGAUAAGAAUAAAAAAACGAACAAAUUGGAAGAAGCUAAAGAUAUUGAUUCAUCAGAUGACGAAGAAGAUGAUGACGCAACUGGUAUCAAGUUAAAAUCCCGAAAGCAAGAUGAACAAGAAUAUGAUGAGCCAGAUGAUGUAGAAGAAAUUGCAGAUGCAGAUGAAGUUGAAGAGGAUGAUGCCGUUUUAGUUGAAGUUGACAUAUCGACAGAAAAUAAGGACUCAGAUGACAAAUUAAUAGACAAAGUGCUAAGUAAUACAAUGGUUAAAGACUACAUAUAUGACAAGGAGGGCUAUUUGUGGUGUCAACUUACAUUUAAUUUAAAUACAACUUACAAUAAGCCGGACAUUUCAUAUAUAAUUCGAGAUAUAGCAAGCAAAUGUGUUGUACAUGAAGUGAAAAAUAUAAAACGUGCUAUUAUAUAUAAAGGCGACAAUAAUAUGGAAUUAUUGAAAACAGACGGAAUAAACAUUGUAGAAAUGUUUAAACAUAACAAAAUACUAAAUCUAAAUAAAUUAUAUUCGAAUGAUAUACACGCAGUAGCAAAAACAUAUGGUAUUGAAGCUGCAGCUCAAGUAAUUGUUAACGAAAUAACAAAUGUGUUCAAAGUUUAUGGGAUUACAGUUGAUAGACGUCACUUAUCUCUUAUAGCAGACUAUAUGACAUUUAAUGGUAUAUUUCAGCCUCUUUCGAGAAAAGGAAUGGAACAUUCGUCAUCGCCGUUACAACAAAUGUCAUUUGAAUCAUGUUUACAAUUCCUUAAAAAUGCAGCAGGAGCAGGAUGUAAUGAUGAAUUAAAUUCCCCAUCAAGUCGUCUUAUGGUCGGUUUGCCAGUUAAAAACGGCACUGGAGCUUUUGAAUUAUUAACAAAUAUAUGUUGAUUUUUUUGUUAUUAAAUAUAUUUUAAUUUUUAAA